GCUAAAGAAACCACUGUCACUUACGUCAGCAUGAAGCCGUAUAAAACCCCAGAAACAUGAGCAGGGCAGUAUUUACAAUGUAUUUCUCAUUUUUGCUUCUGGGCGUACUGAGCGUUUGGACUAUAGGACAAGCCAUAGAACAUGACUGCAGUGCUGGGCAGACUAAGAUAAAUGGUCGGUGCUGUAACAAGUGCCCCCCAGGCACUUUCUUGAAGGAGUUUUGCUCUGACACUAAACAAACUGUCUGUUAUCCCUGUGCGGAGGGCAAGUACUCAGCUAUACACCAUGUUUUUGACCAGUGUGAAGACUGCCAGUCAUGCGAACAAGAAUAUUCUGAGAAGUGUACAUCAACCACAAAGGGAAACUGUGCUUGCCGGGCUGGUUUCCUGUGCUCCAACAACAUCUGCUCAAAGUGCCAGAAAAAUGAAUGUACAAUAUGGGAAAACCCCAUAAGAACAGAGAACUUGGAUUCAUAUUCGUACCACUGUGAGCCUAAAUGCCGGGAACAGGAAUACUUUGAUGUGAGCAAUAAUAACUGCAAACCCUGGACAAAUUGCAGCGAUGUUGGACUUGCUGAAAGGAUUCCAGGGAACAAAACUCGCAACCCAGUUUGUUAUGAGACACCAACACACAAAAAUCAAGACUUUAUCCGUGUGAGCCUGUGCAUUGGAUUUGUUUUGUGCUCCCUCUCCCUCUUUAUUUUUAUGUCUUAUAUUUGUGCCAAGAACCUGAGGAAACACAAAGCAAAUAAAAAACCUCAUCCAGUGGCCUUUUGCAAAAGCAGCAACUUUCCCCUGUCCAAGGAGGAGAGCGGGUUCCAGGAUGAUUCCAAGGACAGCAACAGUUCAGGCCAGCCAAGUCUGGAAAAAGUCCUAUUUUUAUGAUAAUAUAAUAUAAUAUAAUAUAAUAUAAUAUAAUAUAAUAUAAUAUAAUAUAAUAUAAUAUAAUAUAAUAUAAUAUAAUAUAUUGUUUGAUCUCACCACACAUUUAAAUAUCUUUCACAUUUAAUUUAAGUCGCUU